GAGGAGGGAGGGAGGGAAGGAGGGAAGGGAACCUGAAGAGAACAGCGGACGGGGCAGAGAGGGAUCGUCGCACAACUCGGGAGCCCCCUAAAAGCCAGCGAGUAUUGAGGUGUCGUGGUUUAACACGGCCAACGUAACUUACGCGAGCUGCAGUGUGGGGAGGGGGGGUGUGGGUACACAAUCACCUGGCCUCUCCUCUUCCCCCCCCCCCUCUUGCGUUAAGUUUCACUUGUUUUUCCCUGCUCACUCGGGCAGAGGAGCCGGGUGGUGGUGGUGGGGGGUGGGGGAAGGCCAGGAGGGAAGGAGGAAGCAGUUGCGCUCCCUGUUGUGUUGUUGUUGGUGGUGGUGGCGCGUGUCGACCCCAUUCGAGGUGUUUUACCCAUCGAUCGGUGGUGGAGAGACACGACGAGAGGGGUGGCGUGGGUAGGGCGGAGAGGGUUGGGAGACGGAGGUUCAGAAAAGAAGAUCGCUUCACGGCUGGUGCUUGCUGCUGCUGUCAUUGUUGAGGGAGGAGACGUCGUCGCCGUUUCAUUGAGAAUCUGACAUUGGCCGAGCCCGUGUUUUUACGUCUGACUGCAGAACAGCUGUCCCGUAGCUCUGCGGCAGCGUCACAUGCGUCCUGGUCGCCCUCCCGCCAACAACGCCAGCGCCAUCAUGUACGGGGAGAUGGAGACGCGUCCGACCUGGGGAGCAGGCCCUCUACUGCUACUCACUGCCGACACGCAGGACGAGGGAGAGAGCGACAGUGCCAUCGACACCAUGGGCAGUUCGGAGGCCGCGGCGCCCGAGGACGCGAGGAACAGCAGCAUGUUCCUGCCCGACGGGCGCAAGAAGACGCACCAGCACAACUUGUCGCUGGUGUCGAACGUGUCGACGCUGUCGGCGCUCUCCCUCAUGAGUGCCGAGGAGGAGUUUGAGGAUUACGGCGAGGGCGACGAGACCGACCUGACGGAGGGGAGCGCCGGCGAGCUGCCGGGGGAAGCCGCGCAGAACAGCGCUUCCUCGCUGCCGUCCAGCGCAAACAACUCUCCCAAGAAAUAUCCCCAUCUGCUGACCCAGGAAGCGCUCCAUAACUACUGCCUGAGUUGUGCGCGCAAGAUGGAUCAGCUGAACAGCCUGGACACUCGACUGCGCAAGCUGGAAGUCAACAGUCCCAACAGGAGAAUCUCGUCGAAAGCCUAUGCCAGGCACCUGCUACAAACUAGCAACCUGAGCAGCACCAACGGCAGUACGGAAAACCUGGAGGUGGAGUCCAGAGAUCCUGCCGAGAACGACAUUGCAGAAAAACUGAAUGCUCUGGAGAGAAAGGUUUGCGAGUUGGAGAACGACUCCACCGAGAGUGGGGACCUGCACACGAAGCUCCGGCAGGAGAACAAGCAGCUCACCCUCCGGGUGCACGAGCUGGAGGAGCGCCUGCGUGACGAGGAGUCUCGCUCUGAGCAGAGCGCACGGGAGGACGCGCGGCGCCACCGCGACGCGCUGGCGCGGCUCGAGCGUGACAAGGGCGAGCAGACGGAGGCGCUCGCCACCAGGUUGCAGCAGCUGGAAGAAGAGAAUAAGGAGAUAAAAGCAGUUGUCGUUUACCUGAAGGCCCAAACACAGAAGCUGGAGACCACGAACCGGGAGCUGACUGAGGGCCUGGAUGAUGGCAGCACGCGACUGCGCGAGGAGGCUCGCCACAGCAAGGAGCUGGCAGACCGGCUUCACCGAACCCAGCAGGAACACAACGUCGAGCGAGACACUACACAGGAGAUGAUCGAGGGGCUGCGUCGCGAGCUGGAGGUGCUGCAGGUAUACAAGCUGGACGCAGACCGCGGGGGGCGCCGACGGACACCCAGCGUCAGCACCGUCAGCAGCGACAUGGAGCAGGAGGCGCGGCGCCUGCGCCAGGACGUUCAAAGGCUCAAGGAGCAGAAUGAGGAUCUCAAUGCCCAGAUAAUCAGCUUGAGCAUUCAAGAAGCCAAAAACCUCUGCCUGGCUACACCCAAGUUUCAGUCGCUGGCGGCUGAGAUUGACUCUGCCAGUAAAGACGAGGUCAUGGAGGCGCUACGUGAGCAGGAAGAGAUCAACUUCCGGUUGAGGCAGUACAUGGACAAGAUAAUCCUGGCCAUCCUCGACACAAACCCAUCCAUCCUGGAGAUCAAGACGUGAGCAAGAGGCCCUUCAUCUCCCCUACACCCGUGAACAAGGAAGAUUUUCCCCGCAUCAGAGAGAAAAUUCACUGGCGUCACACUCCACCCAAAACCCCCCCCCCCCCCCCCCCCCGCUCCACACGCUUCAUAUUUUCCUAGAGAAACCAAGUGUUGGUACAUUCUAGAUUGUAAAUGAACAAGAAAAUCAACGGGUUAUCACGUAGAGCAGUGUUAUUCUCUUAAUUUUCAGAGGGGGGGGGGCACUUUUGCGCCAAUAAGACAUCAUCGGUGUGAGGGCCCGCCACGUUUUUGAAACCAUUGGGGGUUUGACAGCAGCACGAUGAUGAUGAUGAUGGGAGGGGGGGGGGUGUUUUCACAAUUUGUGUAUUGUCGGGGGGGACUGCACGUCAGGGGCCGCACUAAAGGCCACCAGGAGACGCCAGUGACCCCGCGGGCCUUGCAGCGAGGAACAUUGACGUAGAUAAUCUUCCCAGUGAGAUGGACU